AAUGCUGAGGAGUUCAGAAAGGCCACAUCCAGCCCUGACGAGCAGGAUCUUUUGGGGCCGGCGGGACGCCAGGAGCGCAGCAGCUUCUGUUGAAGCGAAGGUGGAGGACGGCAGCGGGCUCCUCUCCCGGCUUGGCACAGGCCUCUCCUUGAGAAGAGGAAGCAAAAAUGGGCCGGAAAAAAAUCCAGAUCAGCCGAAUACUGGAUCAACGGAACCGACAGGUGACCUUCACCAAGCGGAAAUUCGGGCUGAUGAAGAAGGCGUAUGAGCUGAGCGUGCUGUGCGACUGCGAGAUCGCCCUCAUCAUCUUCAACAGCACCAACCGCCUCUUCCAGUACGCCAGCACCGACAUGGACAAAGUGCUGCUCAAAUACACGGAGUACAGCGAACCCCACGAGAGCCGCACCAACUCUGACAUCCUCGAGACGCUGAAGCGCAAAGGGUUGGGGCUGGAGAGCCACGAGCUGGAGCUGGAAGAGGGGCUGGAUCCUGGUGAGAAGCUGCGACAGCUGAACGAGGGCAUGGACCUGACGGUGGCACGGCCCCGCUUCUAUAGCCCGGUGCCGCUGCCCGAGGUUCCCUACGGCAGCUCCCCGCCCAGCAGCAGUGAUGGAGCUCUGGGCAGUGCCAGCAGCUCCCCACAGAGCCAGGGCCGCCCUCCCACCUUCAAACCCACAACACCGAAGCCAUCGGGACGCUCACCGGGACCGAUGCCCCCAGGUAUUGGUUACCCCCUGUUCCCUGCUGGCAGCCUGAACCGAGCCUUGGCAACCAAGACCCCACCGCCGCUGUACCUGGGAGCCGAUGGGCAGCGCCGGAGUGGCAGCGGUGCAGCACGGCCGCUGUACUCUGGUCUGCAGACCUUGAGCCCAGUGCUCGCCUCGGGCAGCGCCGGCAUCUCCAGCCACAGCCUUACUGGUUUCCCCUUCCUCACUCCGGCACAAGCAGCAGAUUUCGGGGCUGGCGAGGCCCCACCUCCUCCUGGCUUCCUGCAGCCUGGCCCUCCAGCUCCAUGGCAGCCCCCGCGGGACAUGGCAGCGCUGGGGGCCAGCAGCAGGAUCGUCCCCACCGAGGACCUGGCCCCUGGCAGCUCCCCGCAGCCCCACACCAUCAGCAUCAAGUCAGAGCGGGUGUCCCCAGGUCUCGGCUGCCCUUCAGGCACCCCACAGCCCUCCCCGGGCAGCCUGACCUCCCUGAGCGAAGCCCCCCGAGGCGCUGCAGACCUCCAGCCACGCGAUGACUACACCAAGGGCUACCCCUACCCCCUGCCCCCUCCCCGGCCGCUGGUGGAGGAGCAGAGGGCCACUGCCACCAUCCCGGUCCCCGCGCGGCGGGUGCAGGCUGAGGAUGCGUGGCAGAGAUAGCGAGGCUGCGGGGUGCAGGGGAGGCAGCCCCCAGCUUUCAACCCCAACCUCAGACCCCCAAGAAGUCCCCGAGCUCUGGGGCUUCCCAAGGGGUCCCGUCCCCAUGCAGCUGCCAGCAGAGCCCCCUCCCCAACCCGGACACCGUUGCAUCCCCCUGCAGCUCUGCCCCCAGCCCCUCUCCUGCAGGGCACGGUGAGGCCAAAACCCCCCCAGGAGAGGUGCAACGUCCAGUGCCGGACACUGUGUGACUGUGUCCGUCCUUCUGUCCCUGCGUGUCCCCACCGAGUGGGAGUGCCUGGGAAGUGCCACGGGGUGGCAGCAGGACUGAGAGCAGCAGCAGCACCGAUGGCAGCGGGCCCCAUCCUGCAACGACCAGGGCGGGGGGAACAGCCGGGGCAGCGGCCCCGGGACUCUUUUUUUUUUUUAAUUUAUUGCAUUCGCACCAAUAAAGAGCUGGGGGUGUCGGGGUGCUUGGUGUGAGCUGCUUGGGUUGGGAUGUGCAGCCCUGCUCGGUGUGCCUCACGAGGUGGCAGGUCGUUAAUGUUCCCAAAGGGAAAGCUCGGCACUUCUGUUUCCUGUGUCCCCUCGCGGCCCAGAGCCACCUCCCCCAGGGUCACCAACGUGCAGAUGUGGGAGAAAACCAUGUUACCCCACUUUGACCACAUCUCUGUGUCCGUGGAGCUGAGCCAGGCGCCCUGGGGGACCCCAAAAAGAUGCUGGUGUAAUUCUCACGCUGCAGGGAGAUGUGGGUGCACAGAGCAUUCCCUCUGAUGGGAGGAGGGAAAGCCCCUCCUGCACCCCAGCAUCGAUGGGGACACUUUUUGGUGACACCUGCCCAGCUCAGGGCUGGGUUUUGCUGCUUCCCGUACAGGGGGACAUCGUGUGGGCACUGCUGUGUGUUGGAUACGGCCAUGGCGAGCAGGGGAGAGGGUGAGCACUGCAGGUUUACGAGGGCAGGAGGUGCAGUUCCUCCAGCACUGCUUGGGGACUGCAGCAUCGCAGCGGUGCAGGGAUGGGGCCUCUCUGCUCAGCAGCACUGAGCUCAGCUCGUGGGGGGAUUACAGGGAGCCGAGCCCCGAGAUUAAAACACAGCAGGGAGAUUAAUCCUGGGGAGAGUUUUUCCCGUUUAAUAGAGCCCAGCAAGUGGUAUAAAUACCAGUCCGGAUUAGGGGCUGCUGCAUCACCAGUGCGGAGCCCCUGCCCCAGGUUGAGCCCAGCUUUGGUUGAUGCCUCAGCCAAUGGGAAUGGGAAGUUGUCACCUCAAAUUUGGGGUCCGGGUGGCAGAGGUGACUGCAGCCCAGGUGUCCACAGGGAGUGGGUUUGGUCCCCUCUGUGUCCCCAGGCCAGGAGGGAGAUUGCGAAUGCAGAGAGGAGCUGAGACACCCGCGGAAAAUGUGGGGGCUGGGGUAAGAGACACUGAUUGAAUAGCAAUGACUGCAUGAUUUAUGGUUUGCAUUAUUGCAUGCUUCAUUUGAA